GGCUACGCGCGGCGAGGGUGCGGGCGGCCACGGCGCGGGCAAGGAGCACAAGAUCAUGGUGGGGAGCACCGACGACCCCAGCGUCUUCAGCCUGCCGGACUCCAAGCUACCUGGGGACAAAGACUUUGUAUCAUGGCAGCAGGAUUUGGACGACUCUGUAAAGCCCACACAGCAGGCCCGGCCCACUGUUAUCCGCUGGUCUGAAGGAGGCAAGGAGGUCUUCAUCUCUGGGUCUUUCAACAAUUGGAGCACCAAGAUUCCACUGAUUAAGAGCCAUAAUGACUUUGUUGCCAUCCUGGACCUCCCUGAGGGAGAGCACCAAUACAAAUUCUUUGUGGAUGGACAAUGGGUUCAUGAUCCAUCAGAGCCUGUGGUUACCAGUCAGCUUGGCACAAUUAACAAUUUGAUCCAUGUCAAGAAAUCUGAUUUUGAAGUAUUUGAUGCUUUAAAGCUAGACUCUAUGGAAAGCUCUGAGACAUCAUGUCGAGAUCUUUCCAGCUCACCCCCAGGUCCUUAUGGUCAAGAAAUGUAUGCGUUUCGAUCUGAGGAGAGAUUCAAAUCCCCACCCAUCCUUCCUCCUCACCUACUUCAAGUUAUUCUUAACAAGGACACUAAUAUUUCUUGUGACCCAGCCUUACUCCCUGAGCCCAACCACGUUAUGUUAAACCACCUCUAUGCAUUGUCCAUUAAGAUAAAGAAACUAAAGCUCAGAGAAGGUCAAAUUGCCAGACAGUGUGAUGGUCCUUAGUGCAACCCAUCGCUACAAGAAGAAAUAUGUCACCACGCUGCUGUACAAGCCCAUCUGAAGGCAUUCUUCUCGCCUCUGAGGAGUCAGGAGAGGCCUCUUCCUUGCCUGUGAACUGAGCCAGUCUUCUCUGAGACUGGAAGGCUGGUUUGCUUUGAGGCUGAUGUGUGUGUUUCAGAGCCUCUCAAUAGGAUGCUCUGCUUUUGCAUUUGAUUGCAGAUGAGAGCUUUAUGAGUUCAUGGAAUUUAUUUUAAGAAAAACACAUAUAUAUAUGAGAGGAUGGGUACUGGAAGCCUUCUAGCCCCCGCUAGAUGUAUUCUUUCUGCCUGUGGGUACUUGCUAAGACCUGUUUGCGGAAGCUGCAGGAAUAACUACACAGGAAGCAUUCUUUCUUAACGUGAAAGAGUGGCAGACUCUUAGGAUCCUUGUUGGGUGGCACUUCUGCCACUGCUACCUCGGAUGUCCAAGGGAUGGACUUGUGCUAGACUGCGUCCUACUCAGAGCUGCCCCAUUGCAGGGCAGGCUGUUCUUGCAUGGGUUCUCUCUCUUCCCACAUUAUGUGACACACAGCCUGUGUUUUUAUUUGAUACCACAUGCCCCAAAAGAACCCAUUUUCCCCUCGUUUCAGCUUCUUGCUUUUAAUAACUUUCAGUAACCUGUACCUGACCCCUUUAAUGCAAAACUCAUUAGGUAAGUAACCCCUUGAAAAAGUCGUAUGAAGCCUGAGUAACCCACACUAGAAAUGAGUGAUGCCAGAAGAGCUCCUUUUUAGCCUGCUGCAGGCUUGGGCCACGUUGUUACUGCUUUUACUUCUGCUAAAGGAAAGAAAUAUGACUCAGCGCUAUGUGGCAGGAUGCUCCUGUUUGUUCUAAUUUGGUGCCACAGAUUCAUCGGAUGGCAGAUUCCCAUAGGUUUUUCACCUGGCCUGGCCCUGUUUCCAAAUGCUCUUUCUCAGAGCAAACAGCUCUGUAAAAUAGGCUUGGAAUCGGGAAAAUGUCUGUGUCUUUCAUCUUUGAAAGAUUUUUGUGUGCCUACAUUUUUCUUUAAUUUAAAAAAUGCCUUUCAUUGGUCUUAAACUGUAUUGAAGAACUCCAGGCUUUUAAAAAAUGGUAAAGAUUUUCUUCUCUAAUCUAGAGAUAUCUACAGUCUUACAUUGGUACAGCCCAGCCCUAUGUACAUCAGUACACGAGGCACUGCUGUAGAGAUUAGUCCAUUUAGGCUCCUUUCUUGUUCAUAAUGGAUUCCCUUAACUUAAAGAUGUAUAAGGCCAUGAGACCAAAAAAAUCUCUGGUUUUCCUAACCAUGAAAAGUGUUACUCUGCACUAAAGUUAACAAGACCCUUUUUUUUUCUUUACACUCUUUUAUAAAAAAUGUUUGAUGAUGAAGAGCAUCACUGAUACCUGUUUAUAGGCUGAAAAAUAUUCAUUCAUUCCACCCUUGAGACUCAGACAUAAAACAUUUUCCCUCGGGUAUGUUGGCACUUCCAUUUUGCAGAUAAAUGCAAGUCGAACAUUGAGCAUUUAAGGAAGCCAAACUGUUUGAUGGUUGAGAUAGCCCUUGAGUUCGGUGAAAGGGCACCUACAGGAUAGUUCAGCUUUGUCCUUACUGUCUUUCUCGAGCAGAGCUGGCAGCACAGUUAUCUUUGGGUGUGUUGACUUCUUUGAUCCCAGCUAUAAAGCAGUAAGGUGGCAGCUGUUUGUAGGGAAUGCAUUGAGUGCUUUGGUAAUUGUUCAUUGUUGCAAGUAAAAAGUGAGUUAGCCAUCCAGAGUUAACUUCUGGAGAAUUUUUUGUGGUCCAAACCACUUUUUGAAUGGUGUGCCAUUUUUAAAAGUACAACUUAGAACCAACUCUCAGGAUCUAGUUUUCUGUUUUACUAGAAUUUUGUUUUUAUCCCAUACCUAUGGAAUAAGUGGGCCACCUAGGAAGAUUCAGAAUCAUAGUGGUUACAUGGAAGAUUUUGUUGUACUUGUUUUUUCUUGUCAACAGUAUUGAAACAUAAUUGUAUGUGUACUAAAAUUUUUACUCCACACAGGUGUAUACCACUACAGUGGGGCAGGAAAAAAGGUCUCCAAUUUCUCUCAGGCCAGAGACUUCUGUGAAAUGGAUCUGGCUCUGCUGGCAGUAAGUGUUGGUGCUGGUGAUUUGAGAUCUGUGUAAUGUGGAAGUGUGCAGGGUCAGUUUCCGAAGCUCUCGGGUCCUCUCAGCCAGCUGGUGAGGAAGGGGCUUGGUAAGAGGAACAGGGUGAUGACACAUUCAUUGUCCUCCUGUCCUGCUAACAUGUGGCCCUGAGAAGCCUCUCUUGGUGUGUCACGGGGACACUUCUGGAGGUGCGGAGGGAGGAAGGUAGCCCAAAGUACAACUCACUCAUCCUUUUAUAAAUUGAUCAGUUACAAGGGUAGCUUAUUUUCUACAAAGGAGUAUUUGUCAGAUUUUGAAAAUGAGUAACUUCAAUAUCAGAUGAGCCCUAUAGUUUUUACUGUUAAUAAAGGGUUAUUUUUAUUACUUUUUUUUCUUUUUUACUAUGAGAAUUUUGCAGAGCCAACGCUAAUUAAAAAAAAGAAAAUGGCCCUUAAGUGAGGCUGUUUAUUGCCGUAAACAGCUGCAGUAUUCGGAUUGCAGGGAAAAGAAAGAAAAGUACCCGAGCUGAGGAUGGAUAGUGGGAAACUAAAGGCUUAAGUGACUCAAAGCUUGAAAAUACCCUUUUUUAAAAAAAUUAAAGUCAGAAAUAACCUAAUGGUAUUCUUGGACCUCAUUGAACAGAACUUAGCAGUAGCUAGCACACCUUUCUUUUGCCUCCUGUCAUUCCUGUUCUCUGUGCUUCCCUGUGCAUUUUCCUCUAACUUCGUCAGAGUUCAGUAAAGUUUAAGUCAAGCACUACUUCAUAGGUUAGGUAUCUCAGCAGCACAGAGAACCUCACACCGUGGUCACUAGCUAGCUUUAGGUUUCGACUUGAGUGGGACCUAAUCACUGCACACAGUACCCCUGGAGGGCACACCCUCCUCAGUCAAUAGAAUUGGCUUUUCAAGCAUAUGUGAUAGAGAAAUGGGGUAAAAGAAUUCAAGCCAAGCCUCAGAGGAUCCAGCAAGCCAGGCCCUCUUACUUUCUUCCAGCUACUUUGAGUCUCUUGAUCUAGUGUAUCUGAAAUAAAACAUUCGAAGAUUGUCAGUACUCCAUGUGUGCUGCUAAAGUUUGGAAAGAAGUGGUACCUCCAGAUUGGGUUUGUAUUAACCUGGGGUAUAAAUAAAGGAGCAACAUGGAUGAUAGAAUUCCCUUUUAAUUGGGGAAAGAGGGCUUUAAAAAUUUUGACCUCAACUACAAAUGAUAUGCAAUAGUUUUAUGUUUGUGUGUGUAAAAUCCAUUCUAUUCUCAGAUUUCUGCAUCCUCACAUCCUAGUGAUUUGGAGCAUAGUCUUAAGAGCAUGUCCAUAAGUUAUUUUGACUCAUCACUAAGGCCAAGUUCUUGCUGCUGAUUCCAGUUACCCAUGGAAUGGACGACCUGGUAGGGGAAAGGGUCUCUCAAAGUUGCAUGAGUUUAGGCAUUUCUCUCUCCUUAAGGGUGAAACACAACUGGAGACUGAAGGACUGGUUUCUGCUGUGAACCUAAACUUCUGGAGUGAAAAGCUAGAUCUAGAAGGAAGGGAAGGGGAAAAAAAA